AUGUCCGUUAACAUCAUCAAGGAUGCAUCCAACGCAAAAGUGGAUAUCGUUCUCGUCCAUGGUUUAAAACAUGAUGACCAGGAAAACUGGACAUCUGCGGAAAGCUCUGUCUUUUGGCCAGAGAAGCUCCUCCCGUCCCAGGUCCCCGACGCGCGGAUUAUUGCAUUUGAAUACGAUGAAGCGAACAUUGACUCGUUCUGGAAUGAGGAGGAUUUGAUCGCCGAUAUUUCUGACGACUUGGUCAAUGAACUGAUGGGGGAACGGCGCGGUGACAAGGCUGAGAGACCUUUGAUAUUCAUUGCUCAUUGCGUUGGGGGUUUGGCUUUGAUUCGCGCUUGUCAGCAUGAAAAGAAAAAGCAAUUGGUCAACUCUGUCCAGGGAAUUAUCCUCUUGGGAACUCCGCAUUUCCAACCGGAAACACUGUCGGAGGCUGGAAAAUAUUUCCAGCUCGCUGGGAAACAAAUCCCAAGCGCGUCCGAUCUAGAAGAAUUGUCUCAAUUCAUAUUGAAAAUUCCUCAGAAUUUUGCCCAGCUUAGACAGGCUGCCCCGAUUAAAGUUGAAUGCUUCUAUGAGGGAGCUCCUAUGAAGCUGAAUGACCAGGAAGUCAAGAUUGUUGAAGUUUCCGUGGCAAAUAUGCCCGGUGGAUCUCCCGCAACUAGACUUGCGGGUAAUCAUUACCAAAUGAGUCGUUUUGCAAGUGACAAAGACAAAGACUUCAAGAAAGUUUACAGGGUGCUGCAAGAGUGGGUGGAAGAUCUUCCUGAGCCUGAAAAGGAGGGCACUGUAAACAACAUAUCCAAUGCCUCAUUCGCCGGAUCUACCAAUAGUGGUUAUCAGCUAGGGCAGAAUGUGGGAAACCAGACUGGAUUCGUUUUUGGAAGGUGA